AUGAGCAAUACUAGCGAAGAGACUGCAAUUCUCUUCCAGUAUACGAAUACAUAUCUCCUCGACAUCCCCCUUUCAAUUGCGCUCGCGCAAGAAGGAAAACCGACACCACACCAACAAUCAGCCCCAGAAUCAAGUUCAGGAACAGAAAAGAGUACACAUAGGAGGAUACUGAACCUACUUUCAUGCGAACCCAUAAAAGAGCCAUUCCCUUCUACCGAGCCCAAAAAGCCAGCUGCUCUUGCCAAGGUCCUCGGCAGCAUUCCUAUCUCCGAGAGACGGUUCCACUCGGAACUGAUACUGCCACUCGUGAGGGAUUCUCUCGAAACCAUCAGGGCCAGGUUUCCCCAUGAUCGUCGGUGGUGUGAGGCUCGAGCUGUACCUAGUGCAUCCCACGAUAGCACCGCGCCGAAUCAGCAUCCACGGAAGCGGCGGAGGGGAAAUGAUACUACGUGUUUAGAAUCUAUGCCGGAUGACCAUAUUUCAACUGAAAAUGAACCACCCAUAAUUCUAUCGACCACCUCGUUAAAUGACUUUGAGGCUUUAUCAGAUCUUGCCGUAGUCAAGAAUCCAUCACCAGAGCCCGCAAUUGUUAGGGUUGGAAGCUGGCAUGGUGAAACGAAUUCUCCAUGUGAAUAUGUGGUCCCAUCUGAGUCGAGCUUUGUGCUUUGUACACUACCUCUAUUCCGGACUGAGGUCAACCGUCCAUCUACAUCGAAUAACUAUCCAAUCCCCGGGCUCCCCAAGCACCGGAAGUUCAAUCUCAUCCUUAUGGACCCGCCCUGGCCAAACAAAUCCGUGCGGCGCAGCAGACACUACCAAACACAUCACUAUUCUGAGAUGGAUGUGCUUAGUGAAGGCUUACGAGAUAUACUUCGUGUCCACUCGCACGUUCCAGAAAUAAGCCAGGGGCUACGGCCAUCUGAAACACACACUGGACGCCCGAUGCAAAGUGAACAGUCUAUAGCUGCUAUAUGGAUCACGAAUGCGGAAAAGGCCCGGCGAGCAGCAUACGAGGCUUUAAGCGGUGCAGGCUUUUGCAUCUGUGAGGAAUGGAUAUGGGUCAAGACUACAUGGAACGGACAACCGAUUACAGCACUGGACGGCCUUUGGCGAAAACCGUAUGAGAUCCUUGUCAUUGGCCGCAAGAGUGGGCAUCAUGUCAAUGUCAAUGCAAAGGCCAGCAGUACAACACCCCUGUCUCAAAUGGAUGAUCUGACACGGAUAAGUGAGGCCAUUACCACGAGACGAGUCAUCGCUGCGGUUCCGGACUUGCAUUCUCGUAAGCCAAACCUGAAAUCCAUUUUUGAGAACGUGUUCUUCACCGAGGCUGGUCAGCUUCAGGGGUAUUCUGCUCUCGAGGUGUUUGCACGCAACUUGACCGCUGGCUGGUGCGCUGUUGGUAAUGAGGUUCUUCGAUUCAAUGCCCGUGAAUGCUGGGUUAAUCUUGGAUAG